CAUUGCUAGUGCUUUCCAUUCCAUCCAAACCAAAAAAAACCUCAAACUCAUAAUGUGAAUUCAAUAAACCCAACGCCCCCACUUAGUUAUAUAAAAAAAACACCACACCACACCACACCACACCACACACAAGAUAAGAAAGAACAUGAGUGGAGGGAACAAGAUGGUUACUGUAUGGUUAAUCACCGUUGCAGUAGUACUAGUAGCAAGUGUUGGAAUAACAGUAACAGAAGCUCAACCAGAAGCAAACUUCAAGUGUCUAACAGAAAACGCUACGUGUCGUAGUUUAACCGACUACACCAGCACAAACUCAACAACCUUGAAGGAAAUAGCUACCUUGUUCGGUGUAAAACACUUCCUAGACCUCCUUGGAGCUAACAACCUUCCAAGCAACACCAACAACAGUUACAAAGUUAAUCCCAACCAAGUCAUCAAGGUUCCAUUCCCCUGCAAAUGUAGUAACAGAACAGGUACUUCCAAUCAUGUACCUCGUUACAAGAUUGUACCGGGUGAUACCCUGGACGCAAUAGCCAGGGUUAGAUUUGCGGGUUUGGUUAAGUAUCAACAGAUCCAAACUGCUAAUAAGAUUCCAGAUGCUAAUAAUAUAACUGCUGGUGCUACCAUUUGGAUUCCUUUGCCUUGUAGCUGUGAUCCGGUGGAUGGUACCAGUGUGAUGCAUUAUGCACAUAUUGUUCCAAUGGGGAGUAGUAUUCAAUCUAUUGCUCAACAAUAUGCUAUUAGUCAACAGACUCUGCUGUCACUCAACGAUCUUGAUGACCCUAAAAACCUUCUAGCUGGUCAGCUUCUUGAUGUUCCCCUUCCAGUUUGUAACUCGAGUAUCAAAAGUGAUUCAUUGGAUUUUCCAUUACUUGUGCCGAAUGCGACAUAUUUCUACACUGCACAUGAAUGUGUCAAAUGUAAAUGUGACUCUACUGGUGAUAACAAAAACUUACAAUGUGAGGCAUCGAAUCUAAAACCGAUAAAUAAUUGGUCGGUUUGUCCGUCUCUGAAAUGCUCUGGGAGUGUGUUGCUUGGGAACACUACAUCCACAGAUUCGUGUAGCCGUAGAGUUUGUGAUUACACUGGUUAUACUUCUUCUCGCAAUAUCUCUACCACUCUUGCUACUCAGAACACUUGUGCCGUGGCACCUAGUGGUUCCGGUGAUUCAGGUUCAGGGGCAUCUAGGAGCAUGUUGAAUGGCUGGGUUUUGAAUAAGCUUCUAAUUCUCAUUCACUUUCUCAUCUUAUUUGUCUAUCUUUUGUAGUACAACUCCCAGCAUCUUUGUUCUUUUUCUUUUUUUCUUUCUAUGGAUUAGUAAUUUCUGAGUUCAUUGUUCGGUGUUGUGACUUGUGAGUGUCAACUCAACUUUUUAUUUUAUUUCUUCUAUUUAGUGCUUGUUUGGAUUGAGAGUUAGGUUGAAUCACACUGCUACAGUGAUUUUGUCAAACUCACAUUGAUUUCAAAGAUAGACUUACAAUAUUUGUAACAUAGUAUGUUCUGAAGAAUAAGAAUUUUAUCUGAACUUCAAUGA